UAAGCCCUUCCAACGCCACCUUCCCCUUCAACUCUCUCCAACUUCAAAGAAGUGCAUUACAGUCUCUUCAAUUUGUUCUGUUUUCUCUUCACCUUUCCCUCCUAAGUCUUGUCUUAAUAACAGAGAAAUAUAGAUAUGAUGCAUAGUACCUGUAUCAGUAUUCCUCCAUUGCCUCAGACCAUUGGUGGUAAUGGCUUCUUUGAUCACCGGUGCGUAUGGGUCAAUGGACCGGUGAUCAUCGGAGCAGGGCCUUCAGGAUUGUCUGUAGCAGCUGCUCUAAAACAACAAGGUGUCCCCUUCGUUGUUGUCGACCGUGCCGACUGCAUUGCCUCUCUUUGGCAGCACCGGACGUAUGAUCGUCUUAAACUUCACCUUCCAAAGAAAUUCUGUCAGCUUCCUAACUUCCCUUUCCCUGAGGACUUUCCUGCAUACCCUUCCAAGUUUCAGUUCAUUUCGUACUUGGAAUCCUAUGCCAACCAUUUUGAUAUAACCCCACGUUUCAAUGAGACUGUGCAGUCAGCCAAGUAUGAUGAAACUUUUGGCCUCUGGCGAGUCAAUACCCUUUCAUUGAGUCCAAAGCCAACCCAAGUUGAGUACAUUUGUCGGUGGCUUGUCGUCGCCACCGGCGAGAAUGCCGAGAAGGUCAUGCCGGAGUUUGAAGGGAUGGAGGAGUUUGGUGGCCAUGUUAUGCAUGCUUGUGAGUACAAAUCCGGUGAGGCUUACCGUGGGAAACGGGUGCUUGUCGUCGGGUGUGGGAACUCUGGCAUGGAAAUCUCACUUGAUCUUUGUAAUCAUGAUGCCAAGCCAUCGAUGGUGGUUCGAAGCUCGGUUCAUGUAUUGCCAAGAGAAGUACUUGGAAAAUCAACUUUUGAAGUAGCAAGUUCACUGAUGAAAUGGCUGCCACUUCAUAUAGUGGACAAGAUGCUGUUGGCCAUUGCCAGACUUGUUCUUGGGAACAUUGAGAAGUAUGGACUUAAAAGGCCAUCAAUGGGGCCUUUCCAGCUGAAGAAUGCCACUGGCAAGACGCCAGUGUUGGAUAUUGGAGCACUGCAGAAGAUAAAGGCCGGCGGGAUCAAAGUGGUGGCCGGAAUCAAAAAAUUCCACCGAGGUGCGGUGGAGCUGGUCAAUGGAGAAGUUGUGGAGAUUGAUUCUGUAAUUCUAGCCACUGGCUAUCGCAGCAAUGUUCCAUCUUGGCUCAAGGAAAAUGAGUUCUUUUCCAGUGAUGGGAUUCCAAAAAGUCCAUUACCAAAUGGGUGGAAGGGCAAGGCUGGACUUUAUGCUGUUGGGUUCACAAGAAGAGGCUUAUCAGGAGCUUCAUUGGACGCCAUUAAUGUAGCUCAGGACAUAGCCAAGAGCUGGAAAGAAGAAACAAAACAGACGAGCAAAUCAGUGGCAGCUCGCCAUAGAAGAUACAUCUCACAUUUCUAACACAGAAGGACUGCCAUUAGCUUGUGAAGAACAGUAGUCAACAAAACACAAAUAAACAAGAAUCCAAAAGGAACACAUUAGAGUCCUCUCCCCCUCUAGGAAAAUUCUAAUACCCAACACAGCAAAUAAAGGAAGAUGAUGCUCAUUGUUUUUCUCUUUCUUUCCUAUUGACUCUCUUUGUGGAUCUACCUUGUAAUUGUAAUUGAAAUCGUUCUUUCCUAUCUGUUGUAAAUCCAACAUAAGGUGGACUACCUAGAAAGUGGUAAGAAAUUUCAAUUAAUGGGCUCCACAGUGGAUCCACAAUGAGUCCAGGAACAAAAAUGUGGCUCCUCAGGUCCAUGAUUCCCCAACAUAACAAAAAUCUCCACCAGGGGAU